AGUUGACAUAUUUAAAUAUAAACAAUAUAUGACUUAUAUUUAACGUAAAGAGUAAUUGAUUCUAUAUAAUUGUAAUAGAUAAGAACAAAAGCGAUUUUUCGAGGAAUCAUACAAUUUUCUUCUCAUAAAAUUGAUCUAAAAUAUUGUAUAACUGAAAAAUUAUUUCGAUUAGUUACGGCAUUGGCAACAAUGUAAAAUCGUAGUAUAAUCGUAGUUGUUAUUUACUGGCGUGUUUAUGAAUGUGAAAAUAUACUAUUUGACAAGUGAAAAAUAAUUUUUAUUAACUUUCAAAACAUUAUAUCAGUUAUACAUAAUUAUACAUUCCUAUAUAGAGCAUGUUACCAAGUUAUCGCCAUUAAACGAAGUGAACACUUAUGAUCAUAAAUUUCUAGUUGAAUGUUGGACCAAAAAAUGGCGAUUUUACAAUCAAUUUUUAAAAUCCUCACUUAUGUUCCGUUUUAGUGUUAAAACAAUGUUUUUAUUGAACAAUUUAAAAUUUUUAAAAUUAAAUAGUUUAUAAUGGAUCGUGAUGAGUGUUGUGGACAUAGUUAUGUGACGAUUUUUACGUGAAAUAAAAAUGUCUAGAGGAUAUGGUAAAUAUCGUCGUGGUGGUGGAUCCCAUGCCAGUUUUCACUUUGAUAACUUAUUUAAAGAAAAUAGCAAUAGACCUUCGGCAGCUCGAUCAGCGGCUACCGUUGGAAAAUGGGGUAUAACCUCAUUUACUUCUAUACGCACUGUUAACGGUAUACAAAACGAUGCUAAAUCCGCUGCGGAUACAGCACCGAAACCAAAAAAGUUUUUUAAAAGUAGGAAUACGGAACCCCCCGAUUUGAGUCCCUCUUAUUCAAAAUCCGCUUCAAAUCAUUCUGCCCCCAAAAAAGCGCGUAUUUACGAGCCGAGUGACAGAAAUACAAGAGCCUCGUCUCCUAGAAAAUUUUUCUCUUCUAAAAGCAGUAAUAGUACAGGUACGACUGAAAAGACUGUUUUGAGUUCAAAUGUAAAUAAAAGUAAAAAUACAGAAGCUACUAAACCGCCGAUAGUAUUACGGAUAUGUAGAGGGAAGAGCCAGUUGUUGAAUGAUUCAGACGAAUCAGAAAGUACCCCAACUCCUUCUAGUACUCCUAGUACUUCCAAUGCGGCGAGUCCUAGGGCUCUCAGGGAGACUUCUAGACCAACCAAUUGUAGGAUUACCAGAUCUGCUCGUCGUAGUAUGCAGCAAGAUCCCAGCAGUUCUCCGGCGACCGCCGAUACACCUGGGGAAUUUUCGUUAUUCACCAGCCCUAAAAACGAUAGCGACCUUUCGCCUCAAUACAUUCCGGCGGAAAAAUACGAAUUGGAACGUAAGGCGAUGUAUGAUAAUCUAUUGAGACCGAAUUCGCCCAAAGAAACUAACACGUAUUCGAAUGACGAGCUGGUGCAAUUGGACAAAAAAGCGAAUUCGCCCGAAGGUAGCGCCAGCACCACGGAGGCGACCAGAGAAGACGAAUCCGACAAUAAUAAACCGGAAAUUAUCGAUGGAAAAAUAGAAGAAGACAUGGAAAUAGAUACGCCCGUAGUAAACGCUGCGCUAGAAGAGAACAUACCUCGACCGAUCGAAGAGGAAGAAGAAGAUGACGAACGUCCGGAUGUGGAAGAAGAAGAAGACGUAGUAAACGGCGAAGAAAAAAUUGAAAUGCCGCAGGAAGUCGCGCCGCCGGAAGCGGAACGAGAUCCGGAACCGGAACGUCAAACUAAAUGCGCUAUAGAAGAAGAUUGGUCGACGGAUACGGAUUCUAAUAGCACCGCUCCGGAAUUGGAGGUUAAACAGAUCCUGCCGGAUCCGGAUUAUAAGCAGGCGAAUCAAUUGGAGGAACACAAAUCGGAGAUACUCGAUAAAAUAUUGGAGAAACCUCCGGAUCCGACGCCUCCGGUUAAAUUGGUGAUUUCCAAGAAGAAGGGCAGCAUCUUCAAGAGCCGUACGUUAGUGGGCGAUGGGGUGACGAAAAAACGUCGAGCUUUGUACAAGCACAAAUGGACCGACGACAAUAAAGAACCGACAAAAGAUAAAGAGGAAGGCGCCUCGACUGUCGAAGGGAAAGUAGACGACGUCGAAACUGAUACGUUCGGUUUCAAAGACGAAAAUUCGGAAACUGUGAUUGUAGACGAGAAAGAAAUCGACGGAGACGGUUGUUUGAAAAGUAAUAAGUAUUACACGGUGGUGAGAAACGUGAAGAAGGCGCAUCAGAUACAGGAGAUCGGAGAAUUUCAGGAAUUCAACGACGACGUCGAAUACAUUUUGGACGCUUUGCAAGACAACAAUCCCAUAAGCACCAGGUGUUUAUCGGCUAUAACUUUGGCUUCGAAAUGUAUGGCGCCGGCGUUCAGGAUGCACGUCAGGGCGCACGGCACGGUCGCCAAAUUUUUCAAAGCCUUGCACGACGCCCCGAAAAAUCAAAGUUUGGGUUUGUGUACGGCCACGGUGAUGUUCGUCCUAAGUCAAGAUAGACUGAAUAUGGAUCUCGAUAGGGACUGUUUGGAAUUGAUGUUGAAUCUGUUGGAGUCGGACGUCAGUUAUCAGCAGGCUUUGGACGAAUGCGGUUUGAGUUCGGCGCAAUUGGAAAAGAACAAACAGAAAGUUAGGGAAUUGUGCGCCGAAAUACAAAGUCAGGGACACGCGAUGCAUUUAAAUUUGGAAUCGAUUACGGUUGGCCAAUUGGCGAUGGAAACUUUAUUGAGUCUGACGUCGAAGCGAGCCGGAGAAUGGUUCAAAGAGGAAUUGAGAGAAUUGGGCGGAUUAGAACAUAUCAUAAAAACGAUUCGAGAAUGUUGUCGACAAGUAUCCGAUUACGUGGUAACUUGGACCGACACGUUAUUAGACAAAUUAAAAAAAGUCGAUAGAUGUUUGAGGGUAUUGGAAAACGUUACGCAUAAUAACGAAGAAAAUCAAAAUUAUAUUUUGAAAUACAACGACGGUGCCAUAUUGGAUACGCUCGUUAAUUUGUAUAAAUUGUGCGACGGGGAGAUUCCUCUGUAUCCCGUUACCGAUAUUAUGGAUAAAUCGUCCACCGGGACGGUCAUUAGGGAAGCCCUUUUGGUUACGCUCAAAGUACUCAUCAAUCUCACCCAUCAUUUCAAUAAUACAUCAACAGGAAGUCAACUGAUCGGAACUCGAGCUGGAAUAAUCGAGACCAGUCUGCAUUUAUUAUUACAGGUGCCUAAUUAUAUACCGGAACAGAAGAAAUUCGAACUCGGCGUUUUGGUAUUGAUGUUGCUGAUAAAUCUCAUACAGGAUCAGGAUUCGAAUAAGAAACUUUUGGUAGCUGCUAAAGCGCCGUCGAAACUCGAAAGUAUCUAUUCUCGCGAAGAAAGUGCCGUCGAAGCUUUGAUAGCGCAGUUUUAUCAUUGGGAAAGUUGCGCCAAAAUAGCCGAAAGUAAAACGAACGCCAUUUUGGACGGGGAAAAGGACGGCGAGGAUACGCCGACGCCCAAAUCCAACGAGGAAUUUAUAGAAGAGACUGUCGCCAAAUUGCUGCAAAAAGCCGGUACCCACAUGGAAUUCACCUUCUUGGCUUCUUACAUUGUUAUGUUGGUUGGAUUCCUCAUAAUGGAUAACGCGGAAUGGCAACAGUUCGUUAGGCAAUUUUUGAAGGGCAACAAUUUCGCCGACAUGGUGGAAUUGCUCAAGAAAUUUUUCAACUUUAUGAAUCUAACGGCAUCUACCGAAGCUUCCAGCGUAUGCGCCGUCAAAGCUACGGAAAAAGUGAUAAAAUUUUUGGAGGAAUGUGAUAAACCGCCUCCGGUCGAAAUCGACGCCCCCGAAAAACCGCCGGCUUUCUACGAAUGCAUGGGAAUGGAUUUGAGCUACAGGCUGACCUCGUAACUUGAAGCGGAUUUGAAAUGGGACGUCCUUUAUAUAGUUUUUGCAAAUUUCGACGAAUUUAAUCACUUGAAAUGGGACGUCCCUUAUAUGGUUUUUACAAAUCACUAGAAAUGGGACGUCCUUUAUAUAGUUUCUGCAAUAUCUGAUUUUUUUUAUAAAAUGUGAUUCGAUGAGACAUCCGGUUACAAUUUUUGGAAAUGGUCUACGACGGUCCUGUUCGGUGUAUCGAAGUCGAAAUAUUUUUAUUUUUUUUCGUUCUUUGAAUGGUCGUCGAUAAUUUUCGUUCGAUAUUUUUGGAAAAUCUUUUUUUUUUUUUUUUUUAAUGUAUUCUUCACAAUUUCAAUUGAUCCUUCUGUAUAAUAUAAUUUUUGAAAAUUUUCACGAUUUGAGCGAAAAACUUUUGAUUCUUUAAAAAAAAUCCACAAAUUCAUAAAAAUUUGCUUUUAUUUUUCGAAAAUCGUUAUACGGGGUAUAUUCAAAUGAUAAUUUAACUUUUUUUCAAUUCACUGAACCCUGUAUAUAAUGCAUUUUCUUUAAUAUAAAUAGUCUGAGAAGUCAUUUUUUUUAACAAAAAAAUAUCAAAAUUUGCUUUAUUAUCCUUAAUUAAUUUAUACGGGGUGUAUUCAAAUGAUAAUAACCACUUUUUGCCAUUUUUCAAUUGACUGAUCCCUGUAUACAAUGAAUUUUAAAGUAUUUUUCAGCUUCUCUCACUCGAAAGUGUUUUUCUCAAAAAAAUAUUAAAAUUUAUAUCAUUUUUCGAUAAUAAUUUAUACGGGGUGUAAUCAAAUGAUAAUUAACCACUUUUUUAAUUUUUUUCAUUGACUGAUCCCUGUAUAUAAUGAAUUUUAAAUAUUUUUAAAAUGAAACAGAUUUAUUUCUAUGAUUGGCUUUUAUUUUUCGAAAAUCAUUUAUACGGGGUAUAUUCAAAUAGUAAAUUAUUUUUUUUUUCAAACGACUAGUCCUUGUACAUUGGAAAUUUCAUAUAAUUUCACGUUUUUAAUAAAAAAAGUGUGUUGAUCGUUGAAAAACGACUUUUCACCAUUUUUUUCAAAAAUAAUUUAUACGAGGUGUGUUUAAAUGGUAAAUUACUAUUUUUUUCAAACAACUAGUCCUUGUACAUUAAAAAUUUUAAAUAAUUACACGUUUUUAAUAAAACAAAGUUUUGUUUAAAAAAAAUUAAAUAUAUUUUACUUUUUUUUUUUAAUUUUUAUUAAUACGAGGUGAGUUCUAAUGUUACAAAAAAAAUGAUUUUCCAAAAUAAAAUUUCCGCUUCGACCUCAUCGAAAUACCACAGAACAUUGAAUGUGAAUUUUUAUUAAAAAAAAAUCAUUUCUAUUGAGAAAAAAUUAUUUUAAUAUUUUUUUCGAUUUUAUUUAAACUUAUUUUUACUGAGACGUUCUGUAUACAUGUAUCGAUAGAAUUUUUUACGAUUUAUUGUUACAAUUUUUCGGUACUGUUUUUUUUUUAUAUAAAAAAAAUUAAAUAUUCACGGUGUGACCUUUUUUCAAUUAUAUAAAUAUAUUUUUUAUCAACUGAUUUUUAUUAUUAUUAUUUAUGUACGUAUUUUUCCGAAUGGAGCUCUUGUAAAUAUAUAUUUUUUUUAAAUUACCUUUUAAUGUUUAAUAAUUUUUAUUUAUUUUACAUGAAAAAUGUGGAAACUGUUCCGAUGGAUUGUUUAAAAAAUGUAAAUAUAAAUAAGUACCAUUUUUAA